UAUAAUAGGAGUUUCGUUAGAAUUGUGUGCGAGUGUUUACGACUAGAAAAACAUUAAAUUUCAAAGGUUUCUCAAAAAUCGAAUAGUUAACAACAAAUACUUUUAAAAAUGUCAGACCCAGAACUUGAAGCAAUAAGGCAGCAACGAUUAGCUCAGUUGCAAUCUCAAUAUAAGCCUGGCAAUGCAGAGAAUAAACAAGCAAUGGAAGAGAAAAUGCAACAGAUGCAAGAGAUGAGAAAUUCUAUUCUAACCCAAGUAUUAGAUCAGUCAGCCAGAGCAAGAUUAAAUACAUUAUCUCUUGGAAAACCUGAAAAGGGUAAAAUGGUAGAAGAUAUGUUAUUAAGCAUGGCACAGAGAGGUCAGUUACCUGGUAAACUUGGAGAGAAAGAACUUAUUAAUUUGCUUGAAAGUAUAAAUCAGCAGACACAACAGAGAACUGUUGUUAAGUUUGACAGGAGAAGAGCAGCAUUGGAUUCUGAUGAUGAAGAUUUAUAACACUUAUAAUUGUUACAUGGUUUAUGAAGCAGCGACAAAGCUUUUCUGAUUUACUUUUUUGAAUAACAAUUGAGGUAACAAUACACAACUAUACGCUUAAUUAGCUGUACAUUUUUAUUUUUUACAAUAUAUUGAAAUAAAAAGGAAAAAAUUAUGUAUUGAA